UGUUGCACAUACAAUUUUGGCUACAUUUUAGCUUUAUUAUGUGCUUAUAUGUAUUUUCUCUAUUACUGUUCUGAUAUCUCGUUGUUUUGUUCUUUGAUUUUGUGUUUCUUGUGCUCCAGUUAUCUCAUUGUUUCGUUGUUGUUACUGCUCUUUCUUCUGAAUGCUAUGUACUGCUUUCCAUUUCACAUUAUUUCGUUGUUGUUUUUGCUUUCAUUUAUGUAUUUUCUUUUUAAAUUGCUUGAAUUGCUUUUUACCUAAGCCAAAGGUCUAUCGGAAACAGCCUCCCUACCCCCACAAAGUUAGGGGUAAGGUAUGUGUACAUCCUACCCUCCUCAGACCCCACUUGUGGGAUCACACUAUGUAUGUUGUUGUUGUACUGUUCUGAUAUUGGUGUCCGGGUAUAGCUUUGUAGUUGCAUUUAAUGUAGCAAUUGGAGGGUCUAAAGUUCUUGCUUUUGAUUUCCUAAAAGUGGUUUUAGUGUUGUUGAUGCAGACAUUCUCUUUGGAAGCUUAUCUUGUAGAGGAAAUUAUGACGGAAAUCAAUUCACAAGUAAAAGAAAACUCCUUAAUUUUGAUUAAGCAAGGUGCCGAGGCUAGAGUAUUUGAGUCAUCUUUUGUGGGAAAGAGGUGUAUAGUUAAGGAGCGGUUCUCAAAAAAAUACAGGCAUCCAACUUUGGACACAAAGCUCACUCUCAAACGCUUAAAUGCGGAGGUCCGCUGUAUGACUAAAGCUAGAAGGCUAGGGGUUUUAACUCCAGUUCUUUAUGCUGUUGAUGUUGUGUCGCACACAUUGACAUUUGAAUAUGUGGAAGGCUCUUUAGUCAAAGACAUACUUCUCGAUUUUGGAUCACAUGGUAUAGUUGAAGAAAGAAUGAAUGACAUAGCAUUCCAUAUUGGUUCGGCAAUGGGCAAGCUCCAUGACGGUGGCCUUAUUCAUGGGGAUUUGACCACAUCAAAUAUGUUAAUCUGCAAGGAUACCAAUCGAUUGGUAUUGAUUGAUUUUGGUCUGAGCUUUACAUCAACCCUUCCAGAAGAUAAAGCAGUAGAUUUAUAUGUACUUGAACGAGCAUUGCUUUCUAUGCACUCUUCAUGUGGAAAUCUGAUGGAUAGGAUACUUGCUGCAUAUAGGAAAUCCUCCAAACAAUGGUCGUCAACUCUGAACAAGUUCGCCGAAGUGCGACAAAGAGGUAGAAAACGUACCAUGAUUGGAUGAGCUGCCUCAACAAUCUACUCCACAUGUAGCUACUCUGAGCAUUGCUGGGCGAUAAGCAAUUAUACUACUGGAUAUUGAUGGGAAUAUGGAGGACAGUUGUGUUAUGGUUAAGUGGCAAUGCAGCUAUUUAUGGUGAAAUAUUUGGAUGUUUUCGAUUAUGUUUUAGAUAUUUGAGUCUAUCAUUGAUUUUUGAUACUUUAUGUGCACUGAAUAGGGUUCUGUUUUAAAGGGUAUCUGUCAAUCAAAAAGUGAUAAAAUUCAGUUUAA